GUGAAGAGAACCAUGAAACUAAGAGAAAAAUAAGCAAAACUAUAAUGGAGAAUGGAAACGUUGUACAUGAAGACAAAGACAUACCAAAACAUGGGAAAUUCAGAGAGCCAGAAUGAUGGUGAAAGAGCAUUUUCUGGAGAUGAGCACGCAAGUCUGGCACGAAGGCAAAUGUCACGAUCACUUCGUAUUCCAGCUAAAAUCUCACACAGAGCCAGGCCUGCAUCUGCAGUUAGAAUUGCACACAGAAAUUCAGAAACUAGUACUAAAUCUAGCAGCACUCCAAGCAUCCCACAAUCACUGGCAAGGGAUGAGCUGGAUGCAGAUAAUUCAGGAACACACACUUUGGCAGAAGACUUUAUUCACCCUUCUUGGUUAGUUAGGAUGGGUAAAAGUGUGAGACCUGUGUCAUACCAUACAGGUUCUUCACUUUCCAGUGACAGGCGCAGGAGUACUGCAGAAGAACUUGAUAUUUGUUUGGACAAGCACAUUGUACAGGGAAUACAAAACUUUCAUGAAAUAAGGCUGAAUUCCAGUUCCAAAACAAAGGUUGAAGAUCUGCUUCCCAUUACUAGAAAUGGAACAAUUGUGUUAGAAAGCACAACUAUCAGAAAAAAACGAUCUAAAUCUGCUGAUAUGUGGCGACAAGAUAGCAUGGAGUUCUCCCAUUCUGACGUAAGUCAGGAUCGUUUAAGCAGCACGGAGGAUCUGUUGGAUAACCCAGAUGAUAAAGAAUAUGAGGGAAGUAGAUUAAUAAAUAGUAAUUCAAUGGAUCUGGAACAAUUAAGUGGAAACCACCGUACCAACUCUCUAAAUGAGCUGUAUGGUCAGAAAACAACAGGUGUGAACAUAAACAAGACACGGAAAAAUAGAUUUAUCAAAUAUUGUCGGAAUUUGAGGGCUCAUUCGCAAGGGACAAUGCAUAUGGAAACUGCAAGUACUGUGACUUGGUCUGCAAGUAUCCCUUCAUAUGCUGCCUCUACACUCCCCUGCAGGAAGUCUCAUUGUCUUUCUGAAGGAGCCUCUAAAGGGCGAUUAAGCCAGAAAAAUGACCAGAAUAGAACCACGUAUGUCAGAAGAUCCAAAACAACACAGGACGUUACUACAGGAGAUGGAAGUGAAUGUGCGGAUAGUGGUAUUGAUGGUGCAACAACGGAUAAUGAUCAUCUUUCCCGAUACUCCAAUAUUAGUGGUUCAAUUGGCUACCAAUCUAAUUUUAAUCGUGAAUUGAUUGGUAGUGAGCUUGGCUCAGCAGGAGAUGCACUUCGCCAGGGUGUAUAUGAAAACUUUCGAUGUACAUUGGAGUCAACAGUCAUCAACACCGAUAAUCCAGAGGAAGCGGAGUCAGCCAUGAGUGAUGAGCAAAGCAGUGGCACUCUCAGUUCCCCGGGACAGUCAGAUAUUCAGACUACAGACCAAGGCACCGUGCGAAAAGCAGGCUCACUUGCUGUGAAGAACUUCUUAGUCCACAAGAAAAAUAAGAAAGUUGAAUUAGCCACGCGAAGAAAAUGGAAAUGUUAUUGGGUAUCAUUGAAAGGCUGCACCUUAUUUUUUUACGAUGCGGAAGGGAGAUCAGGAGUGGACCAGAAUUGUGUGCCAAAGCACAUGGUUUGGAUUGAAAACAGCAUUGUUCAGGCUGUGCCUGAACAUCCAAAGAAAGAUUUUGUCUUCUGUCUCAGUAAUUCACUUGGAGAUGCUUUCUUAUUUCAGACCUGCAGCCAGACAGAGUUGGAAAACUGGAUCACUGCAAUCCAUUCUGCAUGUGCAGGUGCAGUGGCAAAGCAGCAUCGCAGAGAAGACACUGUCAAACUGCUGCAGUCAGAGAUGAAGAAGCUGGAACAGAAAAUUGAUAUGGAUGAAAAAAUGAAGAAAAUGGGGGAUAUGCAGUUGUCUUCAGUUAGUGAUCCAAAAAAGCGAAAGACUAUACUUGAUCAGAUUUUUUUAUGGGAACAAAAUUUAGAACAAUUUCAAAUUGAUCUUUUUCGAUAUCGUUGUUAUAUGGCAAGCCUUCAAGGUGGAGAAUUACCAAACCCAAAAAGACUGCUUGCAUUUGCAAGUCGGCCAACCAAACAUGCCAUGGGUCGUCUAAAUAUUUUUUCAGUAUCAUCUUUCCAUGCCUUGGUGGCAGCUCGAACUGAAUCUGGUUUGAAAAAACGAACCCAGGCAAUUUCCAGAUCAGUCAGCAAACGACGGAACAGAUUUUCUUCCCUGUGGGGACUGGAUACAACUGCAAGAAAGAAAGCAAAAGAACGUCCUAGCAUUAAUCAGCUCUUUGGUGACAGUGAAGCAACUCUGAAGAAAUCUUUAGAAGGGAUCUUUAAUGAAUGUUCAACAGAUACCAGUAGAGAAAAGAAUCUGAGCACAAGUAUUCGGCAACAAUCAUCUGGGAGUGACAACUGGGUUACUGAUUCCCUCGCACCUUCAUGGGUCUGUUUACCAGAUGAUCAACCCAUCCUGAUUGUAGUACAUCCAGGGAUCUCAGCUCAGGAAAUUCUUGAAGUAGCCUGUAAGGCACAUAAUUUGGACCCUGGUGGUCACUAUGUUCGUUUGAAGUUUACAGUGAAUAAUCACAUUCAAUAUUAUAUACCUAAACAAGAGGAUAUUCAUGAACUGUUGUAUCAAGAAAUUCAAAUAUGUCCUAAAACUACACAUCAUGUUCAUUUUGACAAGUUCGAAACUUCCAUCAGUUAUGGAUUUUGUGUAUCAUUAGUUGAAGAGGAAGGAUCACACCAAAAAAUGAUUAUUACAGAUGUUAAAGAAGGAGGUCUCGCUUCAUCUAAAGGUCUAAAAUUAGGCGAUGAAGUAUUAGAGAUUAAUAAGAUGAAAGCAAAAGAUCUGGUUGUCUCUGACCUGAAGACCAUCUUAUCUGCACCUUCACUUUCGCUCACUGUCCGGACUUAUGGUCAGCCAGUAGAUGAGAAUGUCUGUCAGUCACCUCUGCGAAAGAUGGGAACAGCAGAUGAACUGGGUGAUACUGGAACUGCGUCCGGCCAUCAAGAAAUAUCGAACAACCAUGUUGAACCUAGCCAUGAUAAAGAGGGACACCCUUGUUUAACUGAGACCAGUGAGGCAUGUAAGAGCACUGAGCAAGUAACAGCAUUUUGUCAUGGUCUGCAUGAGUUAAACCCACUGAGCAUGUCGUCACAACCUCUGGAAUCUUUACCGCAGCAGGUACUGCCUCGACAGCUGACUGAUGCAGAUAAACUGCGCAAGGUUAUCUGUGAACUGGUGGAAACAGAGCAAACUUACGUAAAGGAUCUGAAUUGUCUCUUGGAGAGAUAUUUAAAACCAUUGCAGAAAGAGGUUUUUCUCACUCAAGAUGAGCUUGAUGUGCUUUUUGGAAACUUGAGAGAAAUGGUUCAGUUCCAAGUGGAAUUCUUGAAAACACUGGAGGAUGGUGUAAGACUGGUUUCCAAUCUUGAAGAGUUGGAAACAGUUAAUCAGUUCAAGAAAGUACUUUUCUCGUUGGGUGGUUCAUUCCUGUACUAUGCUGAUCGUUUCAAGUUAUACAGCGCAUUCUGUGCGAGUCAUACAAAAGUUCCCAAGGUGCUUGUUAAAGCCAAAAUAAACCCAGCUUUUAAGGCCUUCCUUGAUGCCCAAAAUCCGAAGCAGCAGCAUUCAUCCACUUUGGAAUCAUACCUGAUCAAACCUAUUCAGCGUGUUCUGAAGUAUCCCCUUCUUUUGAAGGAGCUGAUCUCUCUUACAGACUCAGAAAGUGAAGAGCAUUACCAUCUGACAGUGGCAAUGAAAGCUAUGAACAAAGUAGCAAGUCACAUAAAUGAAAUGCAGAAAUUACAUGAAGAAUAUGGUGCUGUUUUUGACCAGCUUAUAGCUGAGCAAACUGGAGAGAAGAAAGAGGUUGGGGACCUUUCAAUGGGAGAUCUUCUUCUCCAUUCUACAGUUAGUUGGCUCAAUCCUCCAUCAUCCUUUGGGAAGUGUAAAAAAGAUCCUGAAUUGGCAGCAUUUGUGUUCAAAGCUGCAGUUGUUCUUAUCUAUAAAGAUGGUUUUAAGCAGAAAAGGAAACUGGGUAACAUCUCCCAGAGGGUUUCUGUCCCAGAUGAACGUGAUCCCUUCAGAUUUCGUCAUAUGAUUCCCACGCAAGCCUUGCAAAUUCGAUCAGUUACUACUACAGACGCAGAGACUGACUGUGUCUUUGAAGUUGUUCAUACUAAAUCUGAGUCAGAAGGAAGACCAGAGACAACCUUUCACUUCUGUAGCAGUACUCCUGAGAACAAACGUGAUUUUAUCAAGGCAGUUCAGUCUAUACUACGUGAUAAACAGCGAAGACAGCUUCUUAAAACUGAGAGUUUGCCUCAGUCCCAGCAGUACAUGCCUUUUGGAGGGAAGCGACUGUGUGCACUAAAGGGGGCAAGACCAGUUGUGAAUCGAGCUGUUUCAGUACCUUGCAGAAGUCUUGGUAAAAAAAGGCUAUCCAGAAACAGAUUCACAAUUGAUGCAGAUAAUCUUUUUGGACGCAAUCAAAAUAAUGCAACUUUGCAGUCAUCUGUGACCUGCAAUGACACUGAUCGUUGGGUGGAGGAGCAGUUUGAUCUUGCUAAGUAUGAGGAACAGGAAGAUGUCAAAGAGACCGAUAUUCUGAGUGAUGAUGAUGAGUAUUGCCAGUCAGUGAAAAGUUUGUCAUUGUCCAAAGAUUUACAAGAGCAGCUAAAAGCAAUCAGCUUCGCACAAGGUGGACUUAAUGAGAAUGGCAAACUACCCAUGCAUAGAACACCAGAGAACUCACCAUCAAAACUGGGAUCUUCAUUGAAGCAAAAACCUGCAGCAGGAGCUAAUGGUGCACUUGACAACAGUGCAGCAGAAAUAAUAUGGGUAAAACGCGAAGACUUCAUUUCAAUUAACAAAGAAAAUGAUGAAAGCUAAGAUGCAGAUAUAUUUCUUCAAGUGUGACCAUCAAACACAUUCAAAGCUAAUUAUUUGUGACUUAAUAAUUAUUAUGGGAAUGAUUCCACUGAAUUCUUCUACAGAUAUACAUAUGGAGGAAGUUGGAAUAACUCAGAAGCCAUGCUUCCAUUAACCUUAAUUAAGAAUUGAUAUGAUUGAACAGACAAAAGGAUAAACAAUUUUAUGGCUUCUUUCUACACUCCUGCAAUUUACUGUCCAAAGGGCUUUAACGUAUGAUAUUUAUUAUUGUGGCGGUGUAAAAAUGUUAUUUCAUAUUUAGUUUAUUUUGUGGGUGAUUCAGUUAACAAAGCUAUUAUGUCUGUUACAAAGUUACUUUGUAUCUUUUACAGAAGACCGUGGAUUUCAUCUAUAACUAUUUGGGGAAUAUUAUCUGUGCAGAAUACAAUGAAAAUUGGUUACGUAUUAGUAACCAUGCAACUACCACAGUAGUAUAAAUCAGGUGUUUAUAUGAAUAAAAGAACUACAGCAAGUCUUGAAUGAAUAACUUUUACAAACUACUAUAGAGAAUCAUUCUACUACCAAUAUGUCCGAUGGUACUUAUAUUAUUGCCGUAUUCAUAUUUGUACAUAUUUUCAGGCUUUAAUGCGCACAUCAGAAGUUGCCUAAUAUAUUUCUUUUGUAAGC